GAAGCCGCAGGUGGAGGCAAAGCGGGAGAAGGAGCCCAAGAAGCCGGUCAUCAAGAAACCCCUGAACGCCUUCAUGCUCUACAUGAAGGAGAUGAGGGCGAAGGUCAUCGCCGAGUGCACGUUAAAGGAGAGCGCCGCCAUCAAUCAGAUUCUGGGGCGAAGGUGGCAUGCACUGACCCGGGAGGAGCAGGCCAAGUACUACGAGUUGGCCAGAAAGGAAAGACAACUGCACAUGCAGCUCUACCCGACCUGGUCCGCUAGAGACAACUACGAGGCGGGCCUUAGCGGGGUCGCAGGGGAAAAGAGUAAAGCUGAUUGGGGCAAGAAGAAGAGAAGAAAAAGGGAGAAGCAGCAGGACUCCAACACAGACCCGGGCUCUCCUAAGAAAUGCCGGGCUCGCUUCGGCCUCAACCAACAAACGGACUGGUGCGGUCCUUGCAGGAGGAAAAAGAAGUGCAUUCGCUACCUUCAAGGAGGAGGCUGCCCCAGCCCAACUUCUUCAGAUUUAAGUGCUAUAGACUCUCCCCCGUCCCCUUCCCCCGCCCAUCACCACCACCACCACCACCACCACCGCCUCUACCAGCGGCCUCCCUCCCCGGGCUGCUCCCCGCCGCCCACCUCCCCCCCGACACGCCUCCCCCUGUCUCCACACACACCGCGCUCACACACGACACGCUUACCCCCGGAGCAGUCCGCCAGCAACAAGCGCGGCGACCUCCGUCAGCCCGCCGCCAAACUCGCCAACCUGGAACUGUCCAGCAGGCAGUCGCACGGCAGCUCCACGGCGCUGUCGGCCGCCAAGGCUGCAGGACUCUCUCUCAAAGUGCUAUCAGAGACUCAGUGAUGGUGCGUUCACGUCACCGACCCCCACACACCCCCACCCCAGCUCACCUCCGCCUCCUCUCAGAGCCAUGAAGAUCAUCACCCGGCUGCAUUCUCACUCGUAACAGCACCCCGUGGUUCUUUGGUUUGAUAUUUUACUGUCUGUAGUGUCUCAGUUCAGAGGCUGGAUUCUACAAAGUCUGCACUUCUGCACCGGAUACAUCAUCAACAGUCCUCGUCAACUCGUGUCUCAAGUCUGGAAAUGCUCAUUUCCUAGAUAGGUGGUUAGUUAUAAUAGCUUGGCACACUGUUUACCACUCUGUCACACAUGUUUUUGGCUCAGUUUUGUCUCAUUUUAAAGCAAAUCUGAAGGAUCCAGCCCCUAAACUGGUGACUGAAAACCCUCCAGACCACACAGUCCGACUAGUACAGAGGCAAAAUUAACACGGAGCCUAAGAAGAAGAAGAAGAAGAAGAAAAUCUGUGGUUCUUUGGCUCCAUCUGCUGCAGUUAAACUGAGCCAACGCGCCUUGUGGAUAGGUCUGCCUAUGAGAGUAGUUUUACAGAUAACUCAGUAGCAAUUUGGUGCUCCUUUUUCUCUCUUUUUUUUUUUUUUUAACAGGUAGCCCUGUGUUUCGACCUCCAUGACAAUCAACUGCUUUGCAAAUAAGCUCUUAAUGAAAAAUCAGUUCAGCAUCCAAAAAAACGACAUACAUUUUGAGAGCUGUGUACACGUUUCUGCCAAAUUUAAGGGUCCAUAUAAACAGGAAGAGAUGCUACAGUCUCUUCCUCUGUUACAUAUCACUGUCCAUUGUCACGUACAUUAGAAACCAUCAAAGGGGAGCAGAGACCAACAACCGCCCGGCCUGACCAGCAGAACCUCAGAUUCCAAGAGAGACUAUUCAAUUUUUUUAUUUUUUUAGCUGGUAAACAGUCUGACUUCACUUCCAUUCAGUUUUCAAACAUUUAUUCUUACAUGUGCAGCUUCUUUGACAAAACAAACAAAAAAAAGGAUUUUUUUUUUUUUUUACAGCAAACUUCAAGUUACUUCUUUUAGGCACUUUCAGGCUCUUCAUCUCUGGCUUCAUCAACCGUUUUUUGUUGUGUUUUCUCCUAUUUUUUGAUAUUUUCUUUAGGUCAGAUGUUUUGCUGGUGGGGAAACCCUCAGAGAAGAGCGAUUUUUUUUAUUUUUUUUUUUGAAAGAAAAAAAGUCUCUUGGCUGUUUUCCUUUGACUGAACUUUUUUUUUUCCGCUCCACAAACUAAUCUGAGACCAAAUGGGUACUAUUAUAUUGCAUUGUGUUGUAAAGUUUUAUAUAAUAAUUAAACUUUUAUAUGUUUUUAUGUAAGAAAAAAAAAGUUAAAUGACUUCAAAAAAAAGCUUGUUUUAGUUUCUACCAUUUCUUAAAAGCAAUACAUUUUGUGUUUGUCCUAUUGUGCAGAAUUUUACUUUUAUGUCAAGUGUUACUGCAGCAGCGUUCAAACUAUAUCUUGUGUUCUCAAUCGGUGCAUGUUCCAACUUUAAUGUAACAGACAUUUCGAGUAAAUAAAAAAAAAGAAUAAAGGCUUUAAUUUACUGUUCUGCUCGCAGCUUUAAACUCUGCUUACAACUCUGUGGACAAACUGUAGGUUGAGCUUUUUGUACAGCAAAUCUGUUUUCCUCCAGCAGAGAGAGCUCUUGUGCUAGAAAUAGCUUCUUUUCAUUUGAGGAUGUUCAGGUCAGUAGCGGAAACACCUCAAACAUGUCUUUUUGUAUUUUUUAACGCCUCGAACGCCUCUGAUGUAUUACUUGUGUUUUUGUUUGAUGUAAUAAAGUGUUUUGAAUAUCU